CUUUCUCACAGAGCACGGGCGAGUCACGGUGCCUCCGCGUGAACGCAAAGAAUUCGGAGACUGUUUUUCCCCUACUACGUCGUUGUUGCCCAGAGAACCUCCGAACGGAUCGCCGUUCGAAUUUGUUGCUGCAGUACUGGGAUCUCCUGCAAGCACCUUUCCUUGCAUUGGAUAUGUUAUCUUCUCAACUAACCUUACGAAAAACACAAAGGAAGAAGUUGUGUCCAGCUUUCCUAACCUCUUAGCUGGGAUCCUACAUACUCUGCUGCCUCUGGCAGAUGGAAUCUGGAAUGCCCAGCUGGGAGCGAUGUUCACUGAGCAGUAAGACCAUGGGAAGCAGAUGUGGAUCUCUUCCUAGUGGCCGCUUUGGAUUUAUGGCACUCCCUUUGCUGAAGGAUCUGCAGAGCAUCAGCAUGGUUCAGAAAUCCAGAUCCUUUUGUUUGGGUUGGCAUUUGAUAUCCCCCGUUAUAAGCAGGUAUCGAUCUCAGGGAUAGCCAAGGUAGAGAUUAUGGAGCACGAAUGUUCUGUUGCCAAUGGACCAGAUGAGAAGGUACCUUUUAAAAAUGGUGGUAGCCCAGAAAAUGGACCAGGAAUUAGUUUGGAGGGGCUGAGACUUGACAUCGGUGGAUAUUCGGAUGCAAAAGAACAGAAUGCUUGUCGAAACUUCCGCAGGCCGUAUAUCAUAAUAGGAAUCUUGAGUUUAUCGUUAGCGGUCUCAGUCUUCGCCAAUAUUGCCCAAGGCGUAACAAAGCAGCCGCAAGCUCCUGCGUACCCUUCAGACAGCUGUCCCCAUGGCUGGAUCAAAAAUGAACAUUCAUGUUACUUGUUCUCUGAUGAGCAGAAGGACUGGAACUUCAGCCGCAGGAACUGCUCUUUGUAUGGUGCUUCCUUGGUGACGCUUGACUUGAAGCAGGAACGGGGUUUUGUAAAGAAGAAGGGACAACAUGGUGAAUAUUGGAUAGAUCUUCAGAGGACAACAGUAGAACAGCUGUGGAAAUGGCAAAAUGGUUCCCUUGUAACCCAGUUUAAGAUUGGCGGUGUUGGAUGUUGUGCAUACCUGAGCUACGAUGCAAUCAGUUCUACCACGUGUGACAACAUUCGUCAUUGGAUUUGCAAGAAAUAGUGAUGCAUGACAGGAAUUUGAAAUGCUUGCAGGUGUAGAUGUUUCUCAGCUUUUAAGAAUUUGAUAAUUUUUUUAGAAUGGGAAUAGAAAAUUGAAUACUGAUGGUUUUGUACAUGUGAUUAUUGUCAUAUUAUUGUACUGUUUUAUAUCUUAUAUGCCAAUAACAAAGUGCCAAAGAUUUGAAGAUACUUAAAACCAGCAAUUAGAGCUGUGAACAGACAAGAGGGACCUUCCUGCACACCUGAAAAAUUCCCCAGAUUUGCAGAAAAAUCUGAAAUCUAUGCAUUGUGGGGGGGAGGGUUAAAAAAGCCCCCAAAUGAUAAAAGUGCCUCUAGCUUUAAUCAGAUGCCAUCAAUGGUUGUUGCUAGGCAAACAUAGCAGUUCAGCUGGUAUAUCUGGCUUUGUUUCUGUCAGUAAAAGAUGGGAGGGUGAGGGAUGGCUCUUUCUAGGGAUCUCUUGGCCUUUGAUGCAGGGCUCAUUGCUGUCAGGCUCAGAACCAGCCACUGGGCAACUUGAUACCGUGCAACUUGCAUGACUCUGUCAGGCCUGGCUGCUUGCUACUGUCCCAGAGUAGGAUGUGGGAGAACCAGGUUCGAAUUGCUAUUCUGCUGUGCCAGCUCAUUGGUUAACUUUCAUUCUCAGUCUAAGCUGUCUCUCAGGGUUGCUGUGAGAAUAAACAUAAGAGUCAAGGAGAAUGAUGUAAGCUCUGUUGGGUCCCCAUUGUGGAGAAUGGUAGCAUAUUAAUGAAGUAAAUUAAAAACUAUAGAUGAAGAAGCAUUUGAAGGAGAGAAGAACACAGGGAAAGGUGAGCAUCUGGAGGCUGACAGGAGGAGGGAAAGAGGAAAUAGUGAGGGGAAAGGGAUACAGGGUAAAGGGAAGUAUCCCUUGUAAGUCCUUGUAGGUUCCCCACCAUGCUUCUGGCCCGGUUCAACCAGCACCACGUAACUGGGCCAUAGGAAAGAGGCUACUGAAGGGGAGAGGGGGAAAGGAGAAGAUGGGAGGGGCAGCAGACAGAGGUGGAUGGGAAGGAGAGAAGGAUGCAGGAAAAGGAGAGGCAAUGGGAGACAGGGAAGGGGGAAAGAACGUGGUGGGGAAGGGGAAAAUGAGAUGCCCCCUGGCAAAUCUCAUCCAAUAAUAUGCAUAUUUUUAUAUAUGCAUAUUAACAUAUUUUGUACUAUUUUCUGUAUGUAUAUGUAAUGAUUUUAAGUAAAUGUGUAUGUCUUUAAAUGCUUGGUGUGGUAUAGAUGAAGAGUGGGAGUGAAAGAGGGAUGAGGGAGUGAUAUGAUUGGUUGAUGACAGAAUGUGGGCGGAGUGAAUGCAGUUUUAGACUGAGAGGGGAGAGAAAUUUUUUUAGUCAGGGCAAGAGAGGCCAACUGUGUUUUGCCUGAGCUUGUUUAUGUUGUCUGAGAGAAAAAUAACCUGUGUAGAAGCCUGAGAUGUGUGUUUGUGAAAGGAUGUUCAGUCAGGGAAAAGCAGGCAAACAAUGUGUGCGCCUGAGAAAAGGUCUUGUAAUUAAGAGUGAAAUUAAUAUCAAAAGCAGGCAAACUAUGUGUGAAGCCUUAGAGAAGAUCUGUGUGACGGGGUUUAAGUAAAGUAACUAAGAAUUUGAGAACUACUAUUUGGAAACCAUUGAGUUUUAAAAAUAAUAUGAAACCGAUACGCUUAUAAAAAAUAAAAGUUUACUUUGUUUUUCUUAUA